AGAAAUUGCCACCGGAAAAACUGGCACAAGAACUGCUCUGAAUCUCCCCGGUGCUUUAUACGCAACUGUUGUAGAACCACCAUGGAUAAUUCCACUACGAUAGUGUUUGUUCUACAAAGACUGAAUGAGACGAUGUCUAGCAAACACACGUAUUUUGCUUUCACUCUUCUCGUUUACCUUUUUACAGUUUUAGCGAACCUGACUUUGAUUGUGACAAUUAUUUUGGAAAGAGCGCUUCAUGAGCCCAUGUUUAUUUUUCUGUGUAGCUUGUGUGUAAAUGGGAUAUUAGGUGCCUGUACAUUUUAUCCUAAAAUACUUGUGGACCUUUCAUCUGAUUUGAGUGUUACUUCGUAUAAAGCUUGUCUGAGUCAAAUUUUUGUAUUAUACAGCUAUUCCUGCUGCGAAUUUACGACGUUGGCAAUGAUGGCUUAUGACAGGUAUAUCGCGAUAUGCAAGCCGCUCAGUUACCACUCCAUCAUCACACCUCGGAAGGUUAUGAAAUUGCUGAUUUUAACUUGGCUUUUGUCCAUCUGUGAAUCAGUUGUUGUGGCGGGUUUGGUGGCCAGACUGCCCCUCUGUGGAUUCAACAUCGACAAGAUUUAUUGCACAGCCUGGGCCGUGGUAAAGCUGUCAUGCGUGGACGCCACUAGCAACAACGUAUACGGGACAAUUCUCUCGGUUUUUCACGUUUCACAGGUAGUGCUGAUCUUGAUUUCUUAUAUUAAUAUUGUCAAAGCCGCUGUGCGAUCGCAGGAAGAACGGAAUAAGUUCAUGCAGACCUGUUUGCCCCAUUUAGUCGCAUUGAUCAACUUCACAGUCUCAGUCAUAUUUGACAUCAUGUACGCUCGCUAUGGUCCCACCAGCCGUCUGCACGCUCUCCGCAAUUUCAUGUCCGUGGAGUACCUCGUUGUUCCACCGAUACUGAAUCCCCUCAUCUAUGGUCUGAAACUGAACCAGAUCCGCCAGAGAAUCUUCAGGAUUUGCAGCCGAAAAAGACAUUCUUUAAAGUGAAUGUUUGUUCUUUGAAAAGCAAUAUCCCACCUACAUAUGUUUUCAUAAAAGUGACAACAGCACUAAAAUUAUUUCUGAACAG